AGCAUGGGGGCCGGGGCGCUGGCCGUCCGCCAAAGCAAAUCGGCUGUGAGAUUGAAAGAAGAUAUGAAAAAGAUAGCUGCACUUCCACUGACCAAGCAGAGGGAAGCAACCUGUCCAAAAGUGUUUGGUGUGAGUCUUCUGGAACUCCAGCAGCAGGGACUGAGCAAGAACGGCAUCCCAAUUGUUGUGUGGAAUAUAGUCGAGUACCUAACCCAGCACGGUAUGAGCCAGGAAGGCCUUUUCAGGGUAAACGGCAGCACAAAAAUGGUGGAACAGUUGCGACUGCAAUAUGAGCGUGGAGAAGAGGUGGAACUUGUUAAAGAUGGUGAUGUAUACUCAGCAGCCAGUCUGCUGAAAUUAUUUUUGAGAGAGUUGCCAGAUGGGAUUAUCACCUCUGCCUUACAUCCCAGGUUCAUUCAGCUUUACCAGGAUUCUAGGAAUGACAUGCUGAAGGAAAGUAAUUUGAAAGAACUCCUUAAAGAAUUGCCUGAUGCUCAUUAUUGCCUGCUGAAGUAUCUCUGCCGGUUCCUGACAAAAGUUGCUGAACAUCAUGUAGAGAACAGGAUGAAUCUUUGCAAUCUUGCCACUGUUUUUGGACCAAACUGCUUUCAUGUGGCUUCAGGAUUUGAAGGGAUAAAGGAACAAGAGAUCUGCAACAAGAUAAUGACUAAAAUGCUGGAAAACUACAGUACCUUGUUUGAAUUGGAGAGUUUGAAAAAGGAAGAAGAAAAGCCUCCAUGUGAAGAGCUAGCAAGAAUUAUUUUGUUCAAAGAACCCACCUGGGAGAAGUCCCUGUCAGUCAAUACGACAACAUCUUUAGAAAGGAAAGCAUCAAAGUCAGCACCAAAAAACAAGAUGACAAAGUCCAUAACGGAAGGAUCUAUCCAGACAUGCCUAGUGCCACAACCAGGUCUGUCACAUGGAGUACCUCAUUUCAGCCUCCGAUUAAUAGGCAGUAGUUCGUGUUCGGAGGAGAUGGAUUUAACAGAUGAAAUCUCCUUCAUUAACAGCGCUAUGUUUUUCUCCAGUUCCCAAGAAGACGAACGGCCUAUGUCACCCUUCUACUUGAGUGCCCAUGUGUCACAAGUCAGUAGUAACAUUCCUUCUACAGGAGAGUAUUUAGAGAAGACAAUCCGCUCAGCCGUGGAGCAGCAUCUCUUUGAUGUUCAUGGCUCGGGCGGCCAGAGUUCAGAGGACUCUGAAUCGGGAACAUCUUCAGCCUCUUCUAAUGUGUCUGCCAGGCAGAGGAGGCGACAUCACAAAGAGCAGGAGGAAGCCCGGAGAAACAGAGACAUGGAGGUCAUCAACAAAGAAAACAUUCCCUCUGGAUUCAGCAAUCUUGAAGACUGUAUUCUGUCUGCUCAAGAGGCAGAAAAAUUACCAGACAACAGCUCCUCGUAUCUUGGUGAAAGGAAUAAACCAAAACGGCAGAAAUCCAGCACCAAGCUUUCAGAGCUUAAUGACAACCAGGACAGUCCUGUGAGUAUGGAAAGCUUUAGCUCAUCCAGACCUAUAGACAGAACAGGACCUGAUGACAUGGAAAUUUUAUCUGAAGAAAGCAAAGAAAGUGAAAACGAUGAGGUUUUUUUCAGGCACUCACAGCAGACUUCAAGUAUGAAGAUUCAAGAGCAUUCAAGUAUUCCUGAAACCAAGUUGCAAAGAAAUCAAGAUGCCGAUGAACAGGAAAACAGUUUCGUGUCUGAAGUGCCUCAACUGGAUUUGACAGCGCUGUGCGAUGACAACAACUGGGAAGAGCCCAUUCCUGCUCUUUCCUCAUGGCAGCGAGACAGCUUAGAUUCAGAUGAGGCUCGCCUUUCUCCGCAGGCCGGCCGUUUAAUUCGCCAGCUUCUGGAUGAGGACAGCGAUCCUAUGCUUUCCCCUCGCUUCUAUGCCUAUGGACAGAGCCAGCAGUACCUGGAUGAUACAGAAGUGCCUCCUUCCCCUCCCAAUUCCCACCCAUUCAUGAGGAGGCGAAGUUCUUCCUUAGGAUCUUAUGAAGAUGACAGAGAGGACCUGACCCCUGCACAGUUGACCCGGAGGAUUCAGGGACUGAAGAAAAAGAUCAGGAAGUUCGAGGACAAAUUUGAAGAGGAGAGGAAAUACAGACCUUCCCACAGUGAUAAAGCAGCCAACCCUGAAGUGCUCAAAUGGACAAAUGACUUAGCCAAAUUCCGAAAGCAACUGAAAGAGUCAAAAUUGAAGAUAUCGGAGGAAGACCUUGCCCCUGUGGUGCGUCAGCGGAGCAACACGCUCCCCAAGAGCUUUGGUUCUCAGCUCGAAAGAGAAGAUGACAAGAAGCAAGACGUGUCAGAUAAAUCUGCCAAGCCUGCCGUGGAAGUGACUCUUGAGUCUAUCCAGAAGAAGCUUCAAGAAAAACGAGCAGAGACAAACCGACCUGAGGAUAUUAAGGACAUGACAAGAGAUCAGAUAGCAGCUGAAAAGGUGGCUCUUCAAAAAGCCCUGCUGUAUUAUGAAAGCAUUCAUGGCCGACCGGUUACCAAAAAUGAACGGCAGGUGAUGAAGCCGUUGUAUGACAGAUAUCGCUUGAUCAAACAGAUUCUCUCCAGGGCCAACACCAUUCCUAUUAUUGGUUCCCCUUCCAGCAAGCGGAGAAGCCCUUUGCUGCAGCCAAUUAUCGAGGGCGAAACAGCUUCCUUCUUCAAGGAGAUAAAGGAAGAAGAGGAGGGGUCCGAGGAGGACAGCAAUCUGAAGCCAGAUUUCACAAUUACCGUGAAAACAGAUUUCAAUGUGCGUAGCUUCUUGGAUCAACUGGAAGAUGAUGCCGACGGCUUUGUUUCCCCAGUGGAUGAUAAGAUGCCAUCAAAAAGCAACCAGGAUAUGGGGCUUUCAAAUCUUCACGAGGCUUCUAUCCCUGAACUGUUAGAGCAGCUGCAGGAAGUCAGGGAAGAGAAAAAGCGAAUCAGAAAAAAAUUGAGAGAGUUUGAAGAUAAUUUUUUCCGGCAAAAUGGAAGGAACGUGCAGAAAGAAGACCGCACUCCUAUGGCAGAAGAAUACAAUGAAUACAAGCAAGUUAAAGCCAAGCUGAGGCUGCUGGAGGUCCUGAUCAGUAAAAGAGAUAUUAGCUCCAAGAUCAUGUAAAGAAGGGGAUUGUUUUCGCCAGUAAACUGAAAAGAGACAACACCAAACGGACGAAUGCAUGAAGCAAAUUCAGCAGGAGCCUGGCUGGGGAGGGUUGAGUUGCUCCCUGGGAACUGAAAGGCUAUUUCCAGAGGUGGGAGGGGAGGAAGGGUGGCUUUCCAUCACUCUUGGGACUUGCUUUUGUCCUCUCUGUCUGCAGGCCAGAUGCCCAAAAUGAAGUUUGCAAGUGUAGGAGAUGCGAUGCUGUGCUCAGCGACUGAAGGGAUCCUUCCGUUUUGAUUUGCUUACAGGUCCUGUAAUAUUUAGAAUAUCAAAGCCAGACUUACUCCCGCUGCCCCCCCCCCCCCCCCCCCCGGAUAUCAUAGCAAGAGACAAAAUAGGAUGAAUAGUGAUUAAAUCAUCAAAUACCUUCCAUUUUAGUUUACCAAACAAGUGCCCUGAGUGAUCGAAUGCGAAGGCACAGGUCAGGUGGCACCAAGACUGUUCUCUCAUAGCUCCGUUAAAGGUUAGCUCAGACUUUUGGCCUGACCAUUUGGAGUCCAGCCUCUUCUGUUGCCCCACAUAAAUGCUGGAAGACUGUCCUGGUCGGAGCGCAGGGCUGACUUGAGUUACUGUCUUGCCUAGGCUUGACCUGGGUUUUCUUCUCACUUCUUUUGACUGCUAAGUCGAUUGGAGUAGAAUAAAGUACCUACAUCUGAUCAGAGUAGCAAAGGAAAUUAGCUGUUCAGCAAUGUACUCGCCUGCUUGUUCUAUGUGGAAGGUGAUGCUGUAACUUACGAUUGUGUUUGGGUGACUGAGAAAAAAAGAAGUUUUAACAGCUGCAAGUGAAAAUCCCCUGGGAUUCUGGCAGCUGCUCAAAUAAAUCUCUGGGGUGAAGUGUCUGGAAGACAGAUCCAUUAAUAUGUGUGCUUUGUCAUCAGGUGCUAACAUAAGAUCCUGAGCUGAAGAGCCCAUGUGCUUGUCGCACAUACUUGCUCGCCUAAAUUUUGUUCCUUUAUGUAUGCAGUCGGUGAGACUGUGCGGACUGCAGCGCGCUGACAUUGUGAUUGUGGGAAUCGGAGGCUUAUAUAAAUAUAUUAGAGUGGAGGAUACUGCAGGGAACAAAAAGCUGAGAGCCGUGUUCUGCCUAUGCAGAGGUUAGCGCGUCAGGUGCAGAAUUUGGCUGUAACCUAUUUCCAAAUUGGUCUAGGACCUUCAGGAAAGAAAAGCAAAGAAAGGCUGGGAAUCAAGGCAAGAAAUGCAGCUCCUGGGAGCGGGGCUCGACGCUGGUAUCUCAAGGAGCGUUUCCGUGCAGGCUGUCUUUCGUGCCGAUCCCCGGCAAGCUAACGCGCUGCGGCGGGACAGCUGCGAUGAAACGCGGUGCCAGUUGUAGCCAGGCACUGCGCAGGCCUCGCUGGCGGAGGCUUCUCCUCCCCCUUUUCCUUUUACGCGCAAGCCGGCCCUCAAACGCAUCCAUUUCGGCUGUGCUACUUAGAUCGUUUCCCUCCACUUGGUGCACCAUGUUAAUGCUUGCAAAACCGAUGCUGAGGGUGUUUUGGUCUCUUAGGACCCCGUAAACACUUCAGAAGACAGCCUUCUCCCUUUGCUUUUACGCGUGCCCGUGAAUAGUCUGACCGGGUGCACACAGCGACGCGCGAUUGCUCGUGACAGCAGCCGGAGCGCUUAGGGGGAGGCCUUUCCGUGGUGUUCCGUACUGAUUGCAGAACUGCCCCUUGCGCAGGAGGUCAGCGAAGGCUGAAUUUUAUGUUUCCAAAGAGUCCGGAGGACUUGCGUGCUGACCGAGGGCUCGGCUCUGCAGAGGCGCCUCGUCUCCAUUGCUUGGGAGAUGCCGCUGCAGAUCUGAUCGGUGGAGGGUAUUAGCUGGGCGCACAAGUGGGAGAAACUGCUUUUGAAGAUGACUGAUUGGAAAGGAAGCCUGGCCGGGGCAAACGCCUUCCUGGAGCGGAAAACCGUGCAGAAAACGAGCGCUGUGCCUUUGUCCUUGGGCUGCUCGAGGUGUAACCGCCGAGCCAGCACGGCUGCUGCGUCGCCCGCUAGCAGCGCGGUGCCGUGAGGAAGGCGGUUCGGAGGGGAGCCGCCGCUGCUGGCUCAGCUCCGUGUCGGUCAGGCCCAGGCAGCCGAGGGCUACGACGGGCUUGUGGUGAGCGCGUGCCUGAAGCUGAUCUCUGUUUGGGCUUUGGCUGAAUAAGGAGGGACUAAGUCUCGAGCGCUUUGCUGAAUCUGGGCCUAGGCAUCUUCAUACAGGACGAGAGCGGCAGUUCUCGCCUUUUCUUCCUAGUCAUGCAUUUUCCAGUGGGCCAAGAUUUCCCAGGAGUAUGUUUUCUCCACUUAUUUUUUAAAAGCCUGUUUGCACUGUGUACUGAUAAAAAAAAAAAAAAAUGUUUUGGUGGGGUUUGCCCCUGACAAAUCUUGAUAAAUGAUAUGUAGUGAACAGUCCAUUUUAAUUUUAAACUGGUGAGAUUGUAGCAUUUUUCUGGAUGCUUAGUUACGCUGUUUACAUGACAUUACUAGAAUUUCAGAUAGUUUAUAUGAAAUGCAAGUACAACUAUGCACUUUAGAGAGUUUAUAUUUUUGAAGUUUGAAAGCUAAAAGUAACAAAACCUGUUAUCUGAAAUUGUACUUUAAAAAGAAAAAAAAACACACUUAGCCAUCUCUCUUGUUAAAAAAACUGUUCUUUUAAAUGGUCUUCCCUCUUGGCAAAAAUUAAUUGUCUGCCUAGUUGCAGAGGAGACUGCCAGGAAGGACCAUCGUAGAAAGUAAGUGAAUUUUAAAAUCGCAAUCCUGGAAAGGGACAUGCAAGUAUUCACGUUCUGUCCAGGGUUUUAAGAGACCGUGACUCCUCUCUUCCAGGGACGAGGAAGCACGUGGGCCUCGCAGGUUGAGGGCUAAAAGACUAAACACUAAGCACUAAAAAGUACAAGGGUGUCUUUUCAUCUCCCACAAAUGGUCUGAAAAAAUCAGUCAAGGGGAUUUCCUGCUAAUCACAAGAUGGUAGCAAAUGGUUUUUGCACCACCACGCUCCUCCAGAUCUAUCCAAGCAACAGCCCUAUCUUUUGUUUUAUAAUUUCAGUUUUCCUGUGUGAUUUCACCUGUAGGCUUUGGAGUGUACAUGCCAACUUCAAUGACGUGUGCCUGGAGAACACGUUAAAUACAAGACAGUGUGUAUUUUUAUAAGGUGUGAAGUACUGUACAAAAAUCUUCAGUGUGUGAUAUAAAUAAGCUGUUAGUGCAAGACAACCUGUUUCCCCGCGUCACUAGAACGUGGUGCCUGCAGCAGGACGGCACCACGGUCUGUCGGGUCACCGGCUCCCCAGGAGCUGGGGCUGUUUCAGACACGCACGUUUGUGUAUUACUGUGUGCUGGUGUAAUAAAUGGUUGCGGUUUAUUUAAAAGAAA